UGCUUUUCAGCAUUCAUUCACUCAUUCAAUAUUCUACUGUACUUUCCGCCUCCAUCUUCUUCUCCUUCUUCGCUUUCCCCUCACAAUAUAUAUAUCAUUGUCAUCAUGCAUUCCACCACGCAGGCGCUGAAUGCGUUGUCGCGUCGUAGUGCGAGCUUUUUCCGUUCCUGCUGCUGCUGUUGCUGUUGCGUCGGUUCUAUUUUCGCCGCGCUGCGGUUUCCGUGGUGGUGUGUUUUUGGGAGGAAAUAUGGUGGUUGUGGUGGAAUUCCUGUUGCCGUCGUUGUGGGAAGUGCAGGUCGCGGUAGUUGCCACUGCGUUUGUGCUGGUAGCGUGCUGGUUCUUCGAUCUCGGCGCUGGUGACUGGAAGUCCGUGGAUAGGUCGUCGGCCGUUGCGGAUGCAAAUGAUGGAAAUGAUGAGAUGAGCUUGUUCAAAGGACAUUCUCGAGCUCGUAAAGCAUAUUUAAUUAAGGUAGAGCUUUUAGCAGCAAAAAAUCUUAAUGGAGACAAUUUGAAUGGAACAUCCGGCCCUUAUGCAAUUAUAACUUGUCAAGGAGAAAAUCAUGUAAGUUCUAGGGUACCUGGAUCAAGAAGUCCCAUGUGGAAGGAGGAGUUCAAUUUUUCUGUUGAUGAGCUUCCUGCGAAGAUUACUUUGACAGUUUAUGGAUUAGGUGUAAUUCAGAGAAGUGCGACGCUUGGGUCAGUGACUGUUUCUGUUGAACAUGAAGGUCAAACCGGUGCAAUAUGGCAUAAGUUGGAUGGUGCAUCGGGCCAAGUCUGUCUUCAUAUUAACACACUCAAGUAUCAGAAUGAUUCAUCCAGGGGCUUUGAUGAGAAAAAAUCACUGACAAGAAAAGCAGAAAUCGACGUCAGAGAAAGAGGUCGAUGUGUUGGAGAUGUGAAGAGAGCAGGAGUCACAGUACAGAUGUCAACUUCUAAGAGGUUUCCAAAUGACAAAUUAUACAUAUCAAGGGGUUUGAAUGGCUAUACUGGUGCUAAAAUUCAAAGGGGCACUUUGUUUAAACAAGGACCUUUGACAUUUCAUCAGAAAUUUGGUCCUCUGCAAACAAUUUUUAAUCUACACCCAGAUGAGGUUGUUGAACAUAGCUAUUCAUGUGCACUUGAAAGGUCCUUUUUAUAUCAUGGACGAUUAUAUAUUUCAGCCCGGCACGUCUGCUUCCACUCUAAUGUUUUCUCGAAGCAAGUGAAGCAGAUAAUUAUACCUAUUGGAGACAUAGAUCAGAUAAAAAAGAGUCAACAUGCUCUAAUAAAUCCUGCUAUUACAGUUUGUGUUCAAGUGAGUGCUGGACGGCAUGCCAUGACUCCUUUGGGAAGUGAUGACGGUAGGGUUAGAUACAAAUUUGCAUCUUUCUGGAAUAGGAGUCAAACGCUGAGAGCUUUAAAACAUGCAGUCAAGAAUUAUUAUGCCAUGUUGGAAGCUGAGCAGAAGGAAGAACAACCAGUGCUGCUUGAUUACAUUAGGGAGGAGCAGCCAUCACUGCUUGAUUUUGUAAAGGAGCGGCAAAAACCUGAGCAGGCAGAGAAUGCAGAAAGCAGCUCCACUGAUGGCAGCAAAUGCCAACCUGAGGUUUCAGACGAAAGUUUGGCCAAGCCCCAAAUUCUCGAGCCAUUCAUUAGAGAAGAAAUACUCACGAGAAUAUAUGAUAGUGUUUUCCCAUGCACAGUGGAGCAAUUCUUCAAUAUUCUGUUAGACGACGCCUCAACUUUCACCAGUGAAUAUCAUACUGCACGGAAGGAUUUUAAUGUCCAGGUGGGUCGGUGGCGUGACUCUGAAAAAUUCGGUGGCCAAGUCAGAGAAGUUACAUAUAGAAGCUUAUGUAACUUUCCAAUGUGUCCUCCAGAUAUACCAGUUUCGGAGUGGCAACAUCUAGUCCUGUCUGCGGAUAAAAAGACACUGGUGUUUGAGAUUAUACAACAGACAGAGGGUGUUCCGUUUGCGUCAUAUUUUGAGGUUCACUGCAGAUGGUCAAUUGAGACAACCUUCAAAUCUUUGUGCAGGAUCGAUGUUAUGUUUGGCAUACAUUUCAAGAAAUGGUGUAUCCUACAGUCUCGGAUCAAAACAGCUGCCAUGGACGAUAAUAAGAAAGUAUUCAAGAUGAUAUUAGACUCUGCUCGUUCACACAUCAAGUCGAGGAUGCCAAAUGCGGAGAUUGUAGAUGACACUUCUCCUGCGCCUUAAAAAAACAAGACAGCUACUACUUACCCUUCCGGUUUGUGGUUCACAUGUGCAUUCAACUCUUGUAAGUUAAUAAUCUUUUCGACGAACAAGUUAUGCUUUCUAGUGAUUGUCGAAGAUAUAUAUACACACAUUUGCUAUGAAAGCACAUUUGUACAUUCCUAUGAAAGCAUGCAUCCUACCAUGACGUAUGUUAGUUUUGUUUGGGAUAACGUAUAUAUUUCUGUACGAAUAGCAUUGCAAGAAAACAAGACAACCUAUGAGCCUGAAAGAGAGAAACAAAUUUUUUGAGAGAU